AUGUCCGCCGCAGCGCGUGCAAUGUUGGGCAAAGUCCACAAACUGGUGCCUCCUAUGCUGGAGAGAUUCCACAAGGGCCAGCUCGGCCGGGUUGCUGUCAUCGGCGGCAGUGCAGACUACACGGGUGCGCCAUACUUCUCCGCCAUGGCCUCUGCACGGCUAGGCUGUGAUAUGUCCUACGUCUUUUGCGAACCUUCGGCGGCACCCACAAUUAAGUCAUACUCGCCGAACCUGAUGGUCUCGCCAAUUCUCAGGUCUACGGCGUCUAUAUCGCAGGCACAGAAGGAACAGGAACCCUCCGGGGAAGAGCUGGCCAAACCUAUAUUAGAUAUGUUGCCCAGGUUGCAUGUGCUGGUCAUUGGGCCCGGGCUGGGAAGAGAUAUUGUAACGCAAAAGCAGGUCAAGGCUGUCAUUGCCGCAGCGAGGAAGCAUAACCCCCCUAUCCCGAUGGUGCUGGAUGCAGACGCCCUCCUGUUAGUUCAGACAGAUCCGGGUCUGAUCAAAGGACACAAGGAAUGCAUUCUUACUCCUAAUGUGGUUGAGUUCGGCCGUCUGGCUAAGUCAGUAGGGAUGGACCAGAGCGGCGGGGAUCCGGAGAAGGCAUGCCAGGAACUUUCCAAGAUACUCGGCGGAGUCUGCAUCAUUCAGAAGGGCCCGGUCGACUACAUAUCACAAGGUAUCGACACCACGGUCUCCGAGUUCCAGGGGGGCCUGAAGCGGUCUGGUGGACAGGGUGAUACCCUGACGGGUUCGUUAGGCACAUUGCUGGCAUGGCGAGAAGCUUAUCAUGAGAAGCUUUGGGACAUUGGCGAGGAGAUGAGUCGAGAGGAGACGCUCUUGUUGGCGGCGUUUGGUGGAAGUGCCAUUACGAGAGAGUGUUCAAGGAGAGCUUUCGCGAAGAGACAGAGAAGUCUGCAGGCGAGCGACCUUACAGACGAGGUGCAUGAAUCGUUCCUGACUCUCAUUGGGGAGCCUGGCCCAGUCCAUCCGCCGAAACAAAAUUUGUGA